GAGGUCGGCUCUUCGAGGAGCUGCUAUGGUGUUGAGUUCCCCGGGAGCGCCGACCGAGCCGAGGCGUUCGCUGCCAUGAAGAUUUCUGGGAAAGACCAGUGACUCCUGAUGUCAUGAAAUGGUAACAUGAAUAUUCAUGCGGGUGCCACAUCUAUGUGGGCUUCGUGCUGUGGGCUGCUGAAUGAAGUCAUGGGAACCGGAGCUGUCAGGGGCCAGCAGUCAGGAUUUGCAGGAGGCACUGGUCCUUUCAGAUUUACACCAAACUCUGAUUUUUCCACCUACCCACCAGCAACUCCGGAAGGGCCUAAUAUAGUUUGCAAAGCCUGUGGACUUUCAUUUUCAGUCUUUAGAAAGAAGCAUGUGUGUUGUGACUGCAAGAAGGAUUUUUGCUCCGUUUGUUCAGUCCCGCAAGAAAAUCACCGUAGAUGUUCUACUUGUCACUUAUUACAAGAGACGGCCUUCCAGCGCCCUCAGUUGAUGCGACUAAAAGUGAAGGAUCUUCGGCAGUAUCUCAUUCUUAGAAACAUACCAAUAGAUACUUGUCGAGAGAAGGAAGACUUGGUAGAUCUAGUACUGUGCCACCAUGGACUAGGCUCUGAGGAUGACCUGGACACAAGCAGUCUGAAUUCUUCACAGUCCCAGACUUCUAGCUUUUUUACACAGUCAUUUUUUUCAAACUACACCACCCCCUCUGCUACCGUGUCUUCCUUUCAGGGGGAGCUUAUGGAUGGAGACGGCACCUCCAGAUCUGGAGCACUGGCACAGGUACAAAGUGAAAUAGCUUCAGCAAACACAGAAGACGAUGAUGAUGAUGAUGAUGACGAUGACGAAGAUGAUGAGGAAGAAGAAGAAGAAAAUAAUUUGCAGGAUCGGACCCUUGGGCUCUCCAAGAAGCGAGUGAGAGCUUCGCUGUCUGACCUGUCAAGCCUUGAAGAGGUGGAGGGGAUGAGUGUGCGCCAGCUGAAGGAAAUCCUGGCUCGGAAUUUUGUCAACUAUUCUGGCUGUUGUGAAAAAUGGGAACUGGUAGAGAAAGUUAACCGGUUAUACAAAGAGAAUGAAGAAAACCAAAAGUCAUAUGGUGAGCGGCUGCAGCUGCAGGACGAGGAAGACGACAGUCUGUGCCGCAUCUGCAUGGAUGCUGUCAUCGAUUGUGUCCUACUGGAAUGUGGGCACAUGGUCACCUGCACCAAGUGCGGCAAGCGCAUGAGUGAGUGUCCCAUCUGCCGCCAGUACGUGGUGCGAGCUGUGCACGUGUUCAAGUCCUGAAACCAAGGUUCUCCCCAGUGGGACACGCACCCCCAGACUCCAUCCCAAACAUUUCAAUGCACAGAAGGGACUGGAAACUUACUGUUCAAAGGCAGAAGCUAUUUUUAAAAAUUAUUUUCACUACUUAUUGGGGGCAUAAAGUUUCAUCCUAAGUUGAAGAAACAUUGGUCCGCGCCAUGAGCCUGCCUGCGAUCACGAGCUUCCUAGGUUUUACGGGGUUCUGUCACAUGUCCCUCGUGAGCGCUAGUUGUUGAAGUCAGACUGUUGACACGUGGGCAUCAGCUCCUGCUCUCUGGUGAAUACUUACCCCAUUCUUGUUUCCCUUUGAUCCUAUGUUGGAAACUUCUGUUCUCUUUGGGUGAGGUGAGCUCACUGUCCACAGUGGCUCAUGUGGAACGUGCUAAGCAGCGGCCCCUUUGAAUGUUCAGUUUAUUAGUCAUGUAUAUUUUAAAUGCUAAUAUUUGAUGAAUGUAAGUUUCCACAUUAUUGCCAUUUCUGGGUUUAAACAUAAUUGGGAACAACUGACAUUCUGGUCACCUGUCAGGGCCUUAGAUGAAACAUGUCCAUUUUUGUUUAGGUGCAUCUUUUUAUGCUGUGCCUAGCUUCUUACAUUAGGAGUGUGUGUGCUUGAUUUUUUUCUUAAUGUGUAAUCAGUUUACACUGUUUUGUAUAGUGAAGGUGUAUUUUUAGUGCUACCUGCUAGCUAAUUUCAACAUUAAGAAUAAAAUUAGAUUUAAAGGAAA